AUGGAUUAUUUCGAUAAAUUUGAAGAGGUUUCCGUUUGUACAUUCACCUAUAAGUUUCCAGUUAAAAAGAAAAAGCUCCAAAAAUGUUCAAUUCAAGAAUUGCUAACAGAAGAUUCUUAUCCAUUCACUUUCAAUAGGCCUAUGGAUUCGUUGAAUAGGAAGUUUAAAUUUGUACAUUAUGAUCCUACCCCACCUUCAGUUGAAGAUACUAUAGACGCUGAAAAAUUGUUGAGUAAUUCUUAUAGAACUCGUAAUCUGUUUAUCAGGGCAAGAAGUAUAAUGAGCUUGUUGAUAAAAGAGAUUGAAGGAGAUACAAAAAUCUCCACAAUUUCGAAAAUGGUUUCAAAAAUUUGGAGAACAGGCUGUAAAUAUAUUCAAUACUAUUUUCAGUAUGUAUCUUCAUUAGAUGCUGAAUAUCGACUUAUGAAGCAUUGGAAAUACUCUCAUGGACUGGCUGAAUACUAUUCCUUCAUCAAUUGUUUCCAGUCAUACAAAAAGGACGUGCAGAAUUUACAGAAGAUCCCUUUGGCCUCAAAAUUUGAAAUUAGGAAGGAACGGUAUAAGGUGUGUAAAAAGCGAGUAGCUUCUAGAGAAAAUGAGAACGUAACUUUACGUAUCAGUAGUGUUUUAGGAAUUUUGGCUGAAGAUGUAUUUUUGACGCAAGAAGCUCCAAAAAGGUAG